CUCCACAAUCUCAUCAUCACCGAGAACACCGAGAACCACAAAACUAGAGAUCAAUUCAUUGACAGUCCACCGAGAUGGCUAAGCGGCUGGUCCUCUUUGUGGCGGUAAUCGUCGCCCUCGUGGCUCUCACCACCGCUGAACGUGAGAUCAAUGGGAACAACAUUUUCCUUGAUAGCCGCUCUAGGCAGCUACAGUGUGAGCGCGAGCUCCAGGAGAGCUCGCUCGAGGCGUGCCGGCGGGUCGUGGACCAACAGCUGGUUGGCCAGCUGCCAUGGAGCACGGGGCUCCAGAUGCAGUGCUGCCAGCAGCUUCGGGACGUCAGCCCCGAGUGCCGCCCCGUCGCCCUCAGCCAGGUCGUGAGGCAAUACGAGCAGCAAACCGAGGUGCCAUCCAAGGGAGGAUCCUUCUACCCGGGCGGGACCGCACCGCCGCUGCAGCAAGGAGGAUGGUGGGGAACCUCUGUAAAAUGGUACUACCCAGACCAAACUUCUUCGCAACAGUCAUGGCAAGGGCAACAAGGGUACCACCAAAGCGUAACUUCUUCCCAGCAGCCAGGACAAGGGCAGCAAGGGUCCUACCCAGGUUCAACUUUCCCGCAGCAGCCAGGACAAGGACAACAACCAGGACAGAGGCAGCCAUGGUCCUAUCCAAGUGCAACUUUCCCACAACAGCCAGGGCAAGGGCAAGGGCAACAAGGGUACUACCCAGGCGCAACUUCCCUGCUGCAGCCAGGACAAGGGCAACAAGGGCCCUACCAGAGUGCAACUUCUCCACAGCAGCCAGGACAAGGACAGGGACAACAAGAGCCCUAUCCAAUUGCAACUUCCCCGCAUCAGCCAGGACAAUGGCAACAACCAGGACAAGGGCAACAAGGGUACUACCCAAGUGUAACUUCUCCACAACAGUCGGGACAAGGGCAACAAGGGUACCCAAGUACAACUUCUCCACAACAAUCGGGGCAAGGGCAACAGCUGGGACAAGGGCAACAACCAGGACAAGGGCAACAAGGGUACCCAAGUGCAACUUUUCCACAACAGCCAGGACAAUGGCAACAAGGGUCCUACCCAAGUACAACUUCUCCGCAGCAGUCAGGACAAGGGCAACAAGGGUACAACCCAAGUGGAACUUCUACGCAGCAGCCGGGACAAGUGCAACAGUUGGGACAAGGGCAACAAGGGUACUACCCAAUUGCAACUUCUCCGCAGCAGCCAGGACAAGGGCAACAGCUAGGACAAGGGCAACAACCAGGACAUGGGCAACAGCUAGUGCAAGGGCAACAACAAGGACAAGGGCAACAAGGACACUACCCAAGUAUGACUUCUCCGCACCAAACAGGACAAGGGCAAAAAGGAUACUACCCAAGUGCAAUUUCUCCGCAGCAGUCAGGACAAGGACAACAAGGAUACCAGCCUAGUGGAGCUUCUUCACAGGGGUCGGUGCAAGGGGCGUGCCAGCACAGCACAUCUUCUCCGCAGCAGCAAGCACAAGGGUGCCAAGCUUCUUCACCAAAGCAAGGGCUAGGGUCGUUGUACUACCCGAGUGGAGCUUAUACACAACAGAAACCAGGGCAAGGGUACAACCCAGGUGGAACUUCUCCGCUGCACCAGCAAGGGGGAGGGUUCGGCGGCGGGUUAACGACGGAGCAACCGCAGGGAGGAAAGCAGCCAUUCCAUUGCCAGCAAACCACUGUCUCCCCUCACCAGGGUCAGCAAACCACUGUCUCCCCUCAUCAGGGUCAGCAAACCACGGUCUCCCCUCACCAGGGUCAGCAAACCACCGUCUCCCCUCACCAGGGUCAGCAAACCACCGUCUCCCCUCAUCAGGGUCAGCAAACCACUGUCUCCCCUCAUCCGGGUCAGCAAACCACUGUCUCCCCUCAUCAGGGUCAGCAAACCACUGUCUCCCCUCAUCCGGGUCAGCAAACCACUGUCUCCCCUCAUCAGGGUCAGCAAACCACUGUCUCCCCUCAUCAGGGUCAGCAAACCACUGUCUCCCCUCAUCAGGGUCAGCAAACCACCGUCUCCCCUCAUCAGGGUCAGCAAACCACCGUCUCCCCUCAUCAGGGUCAGCAAACCACCGUCUCCCCUCAUCAGGGUCAGCAGCCCGGCGAGCAGCCUUGCGGUUUCCCUGGCCAGCAAACCACCGUGUCUCUGCACCAUGGUCAGCAGUCCAACGAGUUGUACUACGGCAGCCCAUACCAUGUUAGCGUGGAGCAGCCGUCGGCCAGCCUAAAGGUAGCAAAGGCGCAGCAGCUCGCGGCGCAGCUGCCGGCAAUGUGUCGGCUGGAGGGCGGCGGCGGCCUGUUGGCCAGCCAGUAGUAGAACUCUGGCAGCUCGCAUGGUGCUUGGGCAUGCAUGCACCUUAGUUAUACAAUAAACGUGACGUGUGCUUGCAGUUUUUCAUGUAACUAGGGUAAAACCCAACAAUAAUGCAAAACGGAAAGCUUCUCCAUCCAAAAAAAGAACAAAACUGGUGCUAUA